GAAAUCGCGAGAGGGGGCUCUUCCCGUUACGUGCAUAAGGUGGGGAGGCCGCCGAAGCAGCGGUUGGUCGACGAGAUAAGGCACACCUUCAAAGAGACAUUCUUCCAUGAUGACCCUUUUCGGCCAUUCAAGGACCAGCGCAAGUCCAAGAAGCUCUUGCUCGGCUUCCAAGCCGCUUUCCCCAUUCUCGAGUGGGCACGCCGCUACAACUUUCUUAUGUUGAAAGGAGAUGUCAUCGCCGGCCUCACUAUUGCCAGCCUCUGCAUCCCUCAGGAUAUUGGAUACGCCAAGCUGGCCACUCUUGAUCCUCAGUAUGGCUUGUACAGCAGCUUUGUUCCCCCAUUGAUCUACGCCAUGAUGGGGAGCUCGAGGGACAUUGCCAUUGGGCCGGUGGCGGUGGUGUCUCUCCUGCUCGGGAGUCUGCUUCGAGCGGAGAUUGAUCCCAAGUUGCAUAAGGCUGACUACGAGCGCCUUGCCUUCACCGCCACCUUCUUCGCUGGUGUCACUCAGUUUGUUCUUGGCUUCUUCAGGUUGGGAUUCUUGAUCGAUUUUCUGUCGCAUGCCGCGAUAGUGGGGUUCAUGGGGGGAGCGGCCGUCACUAUCGGCCUACAACAGCUCAAGGGUUUUCUCGGGAUAAAGACAACCCGCUUCACCCAGGAAACCGAUAUUGUUUCUGUCAUGCGUUCCGUUUGGACUAACGCUAGUCAUGGGUGGAACUGGCAGACCAUUGUGAUAGGAGUUUCAUUCUUGGCCUUUCUACUCACUGCCAAGUUUAUUGGGAAGAAAAAGAAGAAUCUUUUUUGGGUUCCGGCGAUAGCUCCUUUGAUCUCCGUCGUCCUCUCCACCUUCUUCGUGUUCAUCACUCACGCGGAAGACAAAGGAGUCGAAAUCGUACGACACAUCGAGAAGGGCAUCAACCCUCCCUCCCUCAAUAGAAUAUUCUUCUCCGGAGCCUACCUUGCCAAAGGCUUCAAGAUUGGCGCCAUCACCGGCCUUGUCGCACUAACCGAAGCUGUGGCGAUCGGGAGGACAUUCGCAGCCAUGAAGGACUACCACUUGGACGGGAACAAAGAAAUGGUGGCGUUAGGGACGAUGAACAUCGUUGGAUCGAUGACAUCUUGCUAUGUGGCGACAGGGUCGUUCUCGCGGUCAGCUGUGAACUACAUGGCCGGAUGCAAGACCGCCAUGUCGAACAUAGUGAUGUCAUGUGUGGUGCUGCUGACUCUGUUCUUGAUCACUCCUCUGUUCAAGUACACACCAAAUGCUAUCUUGGCCUCCAUCAUUAUAUCGGCCGUGGUCGGCCUCUUGGACUACGAGGCCAUGAUCCUAAUAUGGAAGAUCGACAAGUUCGACUUCGUUGCCUGCAUGGGAGCUUUCUUUGGAGUUGUUUUCAUAGGUGUCGAGAUGGGCCUUCUCAUCGCGGUCGCCAUUUCCUUGGCUAAAAUCCUUCUCCAAGUCACCCGCCCGCGUAUUGCUCUUCUCGGGAGAGUGCCAAGAACUUCUGUUUACCGGAACAUCCAGCAGUAUCCGGAGGCUACUAAGAUUUCUGGUCUUCUUAUUGUCCGUGUCGACUCUGCCAUCUACUUCUCCAACUCCAAUUACGUUCGGGAGAGGAUAUUGAGGAUUCUGGAGGAUGAGGAAGAAAUGGAAAAGCAGAAGAUCCAUCACCUGAUCAUUGAUAUGUCACCUGUGUCAGAUAUAGACACGAGUGGGAUUCAUUCCAUGGAAGAUCUUCACAAGGCUCUGAAAAAGAGAGAUAUUGAGCUUGUGUUGGCAAAUCCGGGGCAGGCCGUGCUGGACAAGCUGCACGCCUCCGACUUUGCUGAGGUGGUCGGAGACGAGAGGAUCUUCCUCACCACGGGGGAUGCUGUCUCAACUCUGGUUCGCAAUAUGGAGCCUUGAGAGAAAGAUAUCAUGUCAGAAUGUAAAAGAGGCGGAUGCAAUUUGUUGAAGAUUUUUAUUAUUGUUCCAUUUUUUUAAUUGUAGUUGAGUUGUUUGUUUUGGCACUAAUGCAUAGAUUGUUUUGUUAGUCAUAUGAGUCAGUCUUAGUCAACUAUUGCGAAUUUGUUAGCCAAAAUUGAGAUGAAAGAUUUGGGACUCACUUA